ACCAUAAGGCUGGUUUGGUUUGGUUGGUGAGUUUUGUCCAGACACCCAACCUCCUCUUGACAACCAUGCAUGCCAAAGACCAAGGAACAAGCCCAAGCAAAGCAACUAAGCAAGCCAUGUCAGUUGUCAGGUGCAUAGAAUAGUAUGCCAAUUAAUCCUCUUGCUUCACUCAACUUCCUUUCCUCCCUCCCCUCCCCUUUGAAAUAACCUUCCCUACUCCUUCAAGAAACCUAUCAUACCAUCCAUUUGCAAACACAGAUUGAAUUUCACUUCCACACACCAUGCAUGUGUAGUACAAAACACAUGAACACAAACAAGUGGAUAUGGAUUAAGCCUGCAAGCAUUAUUUCUUGGUUAGUUGUUUGAUUCCUCUGGCGUCGUCCAUGCAUGGGCAAUUGAGCAUGAGGAUGAGGUGUCUCAGGCCGAGCGGUCGCCGGCGAUGCCCGCUUCUCGGCGGCGACACCGCCGCCUUCUGCGCGUCGCUCGUCGAGGGGAUGGCGCACCUCGAGAGCACGCUGGAGGUUGAUAAUGGCGUCGGCGGCGGCGCCGGUGUGGGGUCGGGGUCGGUGUCCAUGCGGUGGUGCGCGGACGCCAUGCGGCUGGUGAAGCGGAUGCAGCGCGAGAUGCUGGCCAUCUUCAGGAAGGCCGACGUGCCGGCGGCGGCCGCCGGCGGCGGCGGCUGGUUCGAGCACUACAUGCAGGAGACCGCGGCGCUGCUCGACUUCCUCAACGCGUUCAAGGCUGCCGUCUCGCGGAUGCACCGCUACUGCAUAGUCGUCGACUUCGCGGCGCAGGUCGGCCGCGCCGCCGGGGGCGACGGCGGCGGCGCCGCGGCCGCGGCCUCGCUCGUCGUCGAGAGCGCCGCCGCCACCCCUCGCACUGCGGAGGAGCCGGGCCAGGCGGCGUCAUCGGCCGCCGCCGCCGUCCGCGACAAGAUCGCGGACGCGAAGGCGGCGGUGGCCGAGGCGGAACGGCUGGAGAGGACGAUCAUCUCUGCUGGCGCCGGCGGGGACGCCGGCGGCAUGGUCAUCGUUACGCUCGUCGCCAAGAUCACGACGUCCGUCCUGUCCAUGUUCGUGCUCCAGGCUCUGACCUCCCCUAGCUCCCUCGACGCCGGCGGCGUGCAACCCGCUCUUGCGUCCUCCGCCGUUGACGUGCCGGAGCUGGAACCGUGGCGUGAGUCGCUGUCGCUGAUCCACGACCGGUUCCCGAGCCGGGCGACCGUCGCGGAGCACGAGAAGGUAGCCACGGUGGUCCGGGACCUGGUCAACGGCAAGGACGACGGCGGAGGCCGCCAUGGUAGUCAUCAGCAAGACGAGCUGGCGAGGGGCCAUGUGGAGCUGCUGAGAGCACGGUCAGGGGAGCUCAGGGAAGAGGUGGAGAUGUUCGACUGCGUUCUUGACGAAGUGUUUGAUGAGGUGAUCAGGGGCAGGAAUGAGAUGCUUGGGAUCCUCAGAGACAAGGCUCUAACCUAACCAUUGAUGAGGUGAGUUUUAGAUUAGCCUCUGGAUCAAUUGAUGGAUUAACCUUGUGCAGCUGGAAGAUCUUCAGAAGUAAUGUUGGGUUCAUGCUGAUUUCUGUUUGAUCAGUUGGGUUUGUUUUGCAAAUGGUGUAGAUAUGUAAAUUGUGUUAGUGUCCACGUGUGUAUGUAGAUGUGCAGAUGUUUAUUUUUUAUUUUUCAUACCCCUUUGGUUUCAACUUGUAUUAUUGACAGUGUUUAACAAGAGCAAAUUCUUUGUAUGCACCGCUGAAUACUUGUAAAAAAUCCAAUCUCAGGCCCCGCUAGGAAA